AGAUUCUUUGUCUGAAUUCAGCUUCAUGAAAAAUACUGUUAUUUACAACAUGUUCAUCAUUUGCAUUCAAAUCUGAAUUACAAAAGCAUUUAUAAUGAUUUAAUUUUACUUUAAAGGGUUUCCUGUCACUUGCGCAUCAUUAUUGUGGCAAACAUCUUAUUUCAUUGUCUUGGUGCCAGUGAUCCUUGGUAAAAUGCACCAAAUAACUGAAGUUCUGUAGCCUGUAUUAGCAUGGAAGGACUGACUGAGACAGUCAUGAUGAACUUGAGAGUGACGCAGUCCAGCAGUGCAGGAGGCGCAGCAAUGAGCAGGAGUGUGGCAGGAGGUGGAGCAGGAGUCAACAUUGGGGCGGCAGGUGGUGCUAUUGUGCCAGGAUCAGUUGCAGCAGCUUUGCCUGGUUCAGUAGGAGGAGGCAACACGUCAGGCAUGCUGCUAGACGAGAGUCUAGGUCUGGGGGGCGUGCCAGGCAUGACGGGGGCCGGGGGGCUGCUGAAUAUAGGCAACACAGUAGCAGGGGGACCUGUGGGGGGUGUGGGGGAUACUUCUCUUCUUGGUCCCCCAUCUUCACCCUCUGGCCUCCGCUAUACCUCGGACAAACACCCAAAACUUGCGCUGGCCAACAUCAACAUGUUACAGAAGCGGCGCGAGCUCUGCGACGUGGUGCUUAUGGUCGGCUCCCGUAAAAUAUUUGCUCACAGGGUGAUCUUGUCAGCUUGUAGUCCAUAUUUCCACGCCAUGUUUACGUCGGAGCUGCUGGAGGCCCGCCAGACCGAGGUCCCCAUCCGCGACAUCGACGAGCACGCCGUGGACCUGCUGGUGAACUUCUGCUACACCUCCGAGAUAACCAUCGAGGAGAGCAACGUGCAGACUCUGCUGCCUGCAGCGUGCCUAUUACAGAUGCAGGAGAUACAGGAGGUGUGCUGCGAGUUCCUGAAGCAGCAGCUGCACCCCAGCAACUGCCUGGGCAUCAGAGCUUUUGCCGACACGCACUCCUGCCGCGACCUCCUCAGGAUAGCCGAUAAAUUCACACAGCACAACUUCCAGGAGGUGAUGGAGAGCGAGGAGUUCCUGGAGCUGCCCGUCAACCAGCUCAUGGACAUCAUCAGCAGCGAUGAGGUGAACGUGCGUUCAGAGGAGCAGGUCUUCAGCGCCGUCAUGGCCUGGGUCAAGUACAACGUCGCCGACCGCCGCCCCUACCUGGCGCAGGUGCUGGAACACGUCCGCCUGCCGCUGCUGAGCCCCAAGUUCUUGGUGGGCACCGUGGGCUCCGACCUCCUCAUCAAGAGCGACGAGGGAUGCCGGGACCUGGUGGACGAGGCUAAGAACUACCUGCUGCUGCCACAAGAGCGUCCCCUCAUGCAGGGACCCAGAACACGUCCCCGCAAGCCCAUCAAGACGGGACAGGUGCUUUUUGCAGUGGGCGGUUGGUGCAGCGGGGACGCCAUCGCGAGCGUGGAGCGGUUCGAGCCGACGACGUGCGAGUGGCGUCUCGUGGCGCCCAUGAGCAAACGGCGCUGUGGCGUCGGCGUCGCCGUCCUCGCUGACCUCCUCUACGCCGUGGGGGGGCACGAUGGCCAGAGCUACCUCAACAGCGUCGAGAGGUAUGACCCGCAGACGAACCAGUGGUCCUGCGAGGUGGCGCCCACCAGCACCUGCCGCACCAGCGUCGGCGUUGCCGUCCUCGACGGCUUCUUGUAUGCCGUGGGCGGCCAGGACGGUGUCUCGUGCCUCAACGUCGUCGAGAGGUAUGAUCCCCAGCACAACCGCUGGACGAAGGUGGCGUCCAUGAACACCCGCCGCCUGGGGGUGGCAGUCGCCGUGCUGGGGGGCUACCUCUAUGCCGUGGGUGGCUCUGAUGGACAAUGUCCCCUCAAUACUGUUGAACGCUACGACCCGAAGCUGAACAAGUGGUCGAUGAUGCCGGCCAUGAGCACGCGCCGCAAGCACCUGGGCUGCGCCGUGUACAGCACGAUGAUCUAUGCUGUGGGAGGACGCGACGACUGCACUGAGCUCAGCAGCGCUGAGCGAUAUAACCCACACACCAACCAGUGGAGCCCCAUCGUAGCCAUGACCAGCCGUCGCAGUGGUGUUGGUUUGGCUGUUGUGAACGGAAUGCUGUACGCGGUGGGAGGUUUUGACGGCACAACCUACCUAAAAACCAUCGAGCUCUACGACCCCGACCAGAACCACUGGCGGUUGUGUGGCUCCAUGAACUACCGCCGUUUGGGUGGCGGUGUGGGGGUGGUGAAGCUCCCUCACAAUGAAGCCCACCUCUGGUGAGGCGGCUACAACAAUGAUAAACAGCUUGAGUUUUGGCUCGGGGUCGCCUUCAAUGACAGCGCCAAGUCUGCCGCUGAUCGCUGGUGGCUGGGAGAUGAGGGAACUUUGGUGGGGUAUGGCUGGGAGCAGAACCUGUGACACGCGUCCAGAACUUGGUGUGUGGGGUACGGCUGGGAGCAGAACCUGUGACGCGCGUCCACAGGCUAAAGGUAGUCAGGUUGUGUUGAGUGGCGCCAAGUUCAUGUCUGAGGCAUAAGUCACUAGUUUGCUCGAGGCUAGCCAAUGUGAUGCAUGCCUUAUGUGACCAGCCUUGCCAGCGGGUCUUUAUUUUAUUCAAAGAGAUAAGCAAGCGCGACACAAUUUAAAAGUAUCCGCUUUGAGCGAUGUUCGUCCCCGGUUUUGACUGUAAACUGCCGCAUUCUCAUACUGUUUUGUUUGGUUUUGGCUGUAAAGCACUGCAUUCUAAUGCUGUUAAGAGUAACUCGCUUGUAGGUGGCACUGUAUUCUUUGUAUUUGUACAGUUUGUGUAGCAUGUACGUUGACUGAUGUCUUGUGCAAUAUCGUGUUUCAUCUGUCCCAUAAUUUGACUUUUUACAUCUUAAUUUAUAUGUUUAAAGAAUUCAUGUAUUGUAAGAGGAUAUUUAUAUUACUUUUGAUAGGACAUUCCGAGUAUUUACUCAACAAUGUAAGUUUAAAGCGAACUUCUCUGAGUAGAGUGAUAGUAGGAAGUUGCAAGUCUUCAUGCUAACGGAAAUUGUUUCCUUUUGCCAUUCAUUUGGCUCAAAAAUUUGUCAAGUUCUCGCUUGUAUUCAUUAAUAUUUUCUGAAAAAAUA